UUAUUUUUUUUAAUGAAUAAACAAAUGGGAAGAGAAAGAUUCAUAUUCCCGAGUGCUUUCGCCAUUGUUGGAGCUUCAGUCUUCGGCCGAAACGCCUGAUUUCCCCUCUCGGUUGCCGACAAGCUUCGGAGUGUUGCAGAUCUUUCGCUUCCUAACGCGCCGAUGUGGAAGUGGGUAGUGCUGAAAAGAAUUGAUGCCCACUAUGAAGGAGUUCUCUUGGUGUGUCUUGGUAGGGGUGUUGGCAUGGUUCGUGAUUGGCUUGAACGCUAGUGCUGGUGAUAUUGACCCACAAUACAGGACUUGCAUAAAACACUGUGAAGAAACAGGAUGCAUUGAUCAGCAAUGCUUUCCCCAGUGCAAAUUCUCUUCAGAUGGCGUUUCUGUUGAUCAGCCAUGGUAUAUGCAAGAACCACUUUACAUAAGGUGGAAGCAAUGGGACUGCCAAAGUGAUUGCCGUUACCAUUGCAUGGUCAAACGAGAGGGCGAAAGAGAAGCACUUGGCUAUCAUCCUGUUAAAUAUCAUGGCAAAUGGCCCUUUAAGCGUAUAUAUGGAAUCCAGGAACCUGUUUCUGUAGCAUUCUCUGCUCUGAACCUUUCAAUGCAUUUUCAUGGCUGGCUGUCCUUUUUUAUCCUUCUAUAUUAUAAGUUACCUUUGAGACAAGACAAGAAGGCACAUUAUGAAUUUGCCAGUUUGUGGCACAUUUAUGCACUCUUUGCAAUGAACUCUUGGUUUUGGAGUGCUGUUUUCCACAGUCGUGAUGUGGUUCUGACAGAGAAAUUGGAUUACUCAUCUGCUGUGGCAUUACUUGGGUUUUCACUCAUUCUGGCAAUUCUAAGAAGUUUCAAUGCGAGGCAUGAGGCUACCAGAGUCAUGGUUGCAGCUCCUUUGCUUGCUUUUGCACUUACGCAUAUCUUAUACAUCAACUUUUACGAGCUUGAUUAUGGGUGGAACAUGAUCGUGUGUGUUACCAUGGGGUUGUCUCAACUUCUGAUUUGGGCAAUCUGGGCUGGUGUCACCCACCAUCCUUCUCGGUGGAAAGUGUGGACGGUGGUUGUGGGCGGUGGGUUAGCAUUACUACUGGAAAUCUAUGAUUUCCCACCACAUGAAGGGCUCAUAGAUGCUCAUGCUCUGUGGCACGCCACAACCAUCCCCCUGACCUAUGUGUGGUGGAGUUUCAUCAGAGAUGAUGCUGAGUUUCAGACCUCCAAUCUUCUCAAGAAGGCCAAGUAAGGCUGUUCUUGUUUCACAGGGGUGUUACAGGAGCUUACACUUUGUUCCCCUUCCCUUCCAUUCAUUUGAAACUGGAAAAAGAAAGAUUAGGCGUUGUUGUAUAACAAAUGUUGCAGUUCUUAGGAGAACGAGGCUGAGAAGCCUUUAUUGUACCAGAUCUUGGUUCUUGGUCUUUUACAGAUAUUUUUUUGUUUGAAUGCGUUGAA